GACACGCACCCCUAACCCCGCACGACAAAACAGAGACGGAGCAUAAUAAAACGUCACACAAAAAUGUUAAACCCCUGGGAUCGUUCAAACAAACUUUUAAUCGAUAUUACAAACUAGAAAGUAUGACAGGCGUUUUAGUGACGGUCAAGUGGCAGUAGUUACCUUCACCGAGAAUAAUGAGCAAUCACUCGAGUGGCCUGAAGAAAAAACCAGUGACGAGGGAUAAAUCCCAAGUGCGGCAUGCGCCCCGGGUGUCCUCCAAGGACAGCAAGCAGGAUGUGGAGCCCAAGAAAAAUGCUCUCGUCAAAAAACCCUCGACGAAGAGCGUGGCUAGGCAGUCCUCAGGGGAUCGUGUUCCUGGCAGAAUCACCUCGACGUCGUCCAGGCCCCUGUUACCAACGAAAUCCCCUCAGGACCUCACAUCAUCAUCAUUAUCAUCGCCAUCAACGAAGGUACUGAAGAAACAGAGCAGUGACCCUGAGAAACGCGGGGUCAGUUCCAUCUACAUGCCCCGAAAAUCCUCCACGAGACCCCCGCCCGAGGGGAAAAAACCGAGUCAAGACCCGAAAACCAGAGACAGUCACACUCGACAGAGACUGCCGUCGAAGGAGCGAAGAAAAUCGCGAACCCUGUCCCCCAGUGAAGUCAAAGUCCUCAACAAGAAGUACCUGAAGCCCGAGUCCUCCCCGGAGUACGAGUACGAGGACGACUUCGAGGAUUACGAGUCCGAUUUCCAAGAGUGCACGGAAACAGAUGGGUCAGAGGUCAGCGACGAGUCUCACAGGAGCGAAGAGCCCGACCUGGAGCCAGUGGAGCUGAAGAGCAAAGAGCCUGUUAAAUCGUUGAAGUUAAAGGAGUCUCGGGAUCAUGAGGAGCACAUGCUGGACUCGGGGCACUACGAGCUCGAGGAGGCGAGGAGGAGGGCCGCCAGGAUUGACCUGAUGUCCGCGAGAUCCCAUCGGACUCCAGGGGAGAGCCACAGGCCAGUUUUCAGUGAGGAGAAGCCUUCGGAAAUCAAGAGCUUGCCUUCCUCUGCUGAUGAGGGCUUCGAGGACGGGCGUUCUGGGGAUUUCGCCAAGUCACCGCCCCUUCCUGGAGGCCACGAGGUCAUCAAUCUGAGGGACAUCUCCAGGAAGUUCAGCGAGAAACCGAAGAGAAUGUCGAGGGGAAGAAAACUCCUGCAGAUGAUCAAACUGGAUACUGUCGAGUGGUCCAUCUUCGAGGCGACACCCAUCGCUUACGAAGAGUUCAUCACUAUUCAUGGGAAAAUUAACACCAGGCAGAUAGCUACACAGACUCGUGAGGAUGACUUGAGCGUGGAAACCCAGACUGAGGAGAUUAAACACAGGAACAUGUGGACGCAGUUCCCCGUCGUCUGCAGGAGUGAUUUGAGGAGCAAUGAGGAUAUUGAUGGGUUUAACAGGGAGUUGAUUGGGGUGGGCUCUGACGAGGACGAGCACCAGCUGAGGAGACCAGGCUACGAUAUUCUGAAGCUGAAUGAGUUCCUGGGGGCUGCUGGGAGGGUGAUGCUGGCACUUCUGGAGGAGAAGAUCGUCAGGAGGAGCGAGCCGCAGGGGGACGAGGGCCAGGAGAUGCCCUUCAGUGAAAGCAGCAUCACAUUGGCCGUCUCCACAGUGACUUUUCUCAGUGGAAGACCUGUGGCCAUGGUCAGAUACUCGGAUGUUAGCAGUAGAGUUCUGCUGAGCAUUCAUGCACCUGCGGACGACGACGUCCAGGACAUUGAGACGUCGGAGGAUGAGGGGUUCUACAUGACUGACUGCUGCGUCGGUUGCUUGUGGAAUAUUUACGAGCCCUCCAGGCCCACCAAGCUCUUUUACUCCGGGAGCAACGUCACGGCUGUCUGCAUGCAUCCUGUUAACUAUAAUGUUGUUUUUGCGGGGCUGGAGGACGGCUCUGUCAGCCUGUGGGACCUGGAGGAGGACGAGGCUUAUCAUCCCAAGUUCGUUGAUAAGGAUAAUGAGGCUGAGUGGGUGCUGAGGUCUCCCACGUUCUCCACCAUUGGGGUUUUUGGUGAUGAUGGUGAUGAUGGCGGUGGGGGAAUGGCCAAAGUUGUGGCGCUGAAGGUGCUCUCGAAAAUUGAGACUGAUGGCAGUGAUAAUUCCGGGAAGUUCAUGCCUAUUCAGAUUUGCAGUCUGGAUGAAGCUGGAAAUUGCACAAUCUGGAGUGUUCUCAGGAACCUAGACACCGGAACAUCCCUGACAACUCAACAACUCGGGCAAUCCUGGUGGGGAAAAAUUAGACUAGUGAAAAGUCAUAAAAUUUCCCUCUCCAUGGAGAAGAACAGUGAUAACGUAAAUGAUAGUUGCAUGACUGCCUUCAGAGAUCUCAGUGUAGAUACCAUUGAUACUAACAAUUUGUACAUUGCGAGUAACACGAGUAAAGUAUUGCAUGCCACGAGGACUGGGAAGACACUGAAACCAUCUGUUUACGAUGGAAAUUUCAUGGACUAUUCGGGGACAACUUGCAUUGAGUCCUGUCCCUUUGGCCAACCCUAUUUCCUCGUGGGCUUUUCUGAUGGCACUUUACGUCUCUACUCAUCCAUGAUUGAGAGGCCUCUCGUACAACUGAAGAAUUCUAAAAGCACUGCCCCGAUUAAAGUCAUCCAGUGGUCGAGAUCAAAGCCAUUUACUAUUUACGUUUUGGAUGAUACAUCAAACAUUCACAUCUGGGAUCUCAGCAGAAGCGAUAUAUUCCCCCUGUACAGUAUAUCACCUAAAAAACACGCCCACAUAGGGAGCAUGCAGCUAUCUCCCUGUAAAAAUGACUAUGACAUGAUGAAUCAGUACAUGGCGCUGGGAUUGGACAACGGCACCCUUGAGAUUCACAGAUUCAACAAAGGAUUCCACUACUCUAACAACGCAGAUCGAACUGCUGAUUUGAAUACAUUUUUAUAUUACGUAGCGGUUUACUAAGUAUAAGGCACUCUAGUCCGACCAAAUCCGUCCUGAGAUAUUCAUUUUCUAGUUUUUCUUAUAACGAUAUAGAAGUAUUUUGGCACGUUCCGAGUUAUUGGCAAGAGAGUAUUUACAGAUUAGUUGUAAUAUCAGUUAUUGUACAAAUACAGCUAAAUUUAUAAGAUAGUCUUCUUUGUUUUGAGCUCAAUUUCCACAUUUCCUC